AUGUCUCUCAUCAAUUCAAGUAAAGGAAGUGAUCAACUUCUUCUCGAUGGUUUCCGUUAUCGCCGAGAUAAGGCAGUGUGGCGCUGUGUAAAGGACAAAUGUAAAGGUCGUGCUCGUUCUGAUGGAAAUUCGUUUAAAAUGCACCAAGAUCAUAUAUGUCAAGCGCCAGAUCCGGACGAAAUUGAAAAAGCUUUAUAUAAUUAUGAAAUUAGGAAGAAAGCUGCCGAAUAUGCUGCUAUUACUAGUCCUCAAUAUAAUGCAUCACAACGUGUUAUUCAACGUAUUAGAAGAGAUGAUAAUAUUCCAUCAGAACCUAAAACAUUCGCCGAUAUUGUUAUUCCAUUAAAUUUUCAAAAUACUUAUACAAAUCAAAAGUUUCUUUUAUAUGAUAAUAAUGAUGUUAAUCGUCGAUUAUUGAUAUUUGCAAGCAAAGAACAAUUGGAUUUUUUAAAUCAAUGUGAAAGUUGGCAUUGUGAUGGUACAUUUGCUUUAAGUAAUUGA